AUGGGAGACGCCAGUCCGAGCUGCGUAGAGCGGUCGGUCCUCAUUCUCUAUGGGUCUGAGACAGGCAAUGCACAGGAAGUGGCCGAGGAAUUGGGCGCCUUGACUGAGCGGCUUCACUUUACCACGCAUGUAUCCGAGCUGAAUCAAUGCAAGCCGGAACUGCUUUCAUCCUACACGCUUACUCUGUUUGUUGCCUCCACCACUGGACAGGGCGAUUUACCCGCAAACGCACGUCAGUUCUGGAAAUCACUGCUGCUGAAGAAGCUUCCUCCGACCUUCUUGGAGGGAGUCAACUUCGCAUGUUUUGGACUUGGAGAUAGUUCGUAUCCAAAAUUCAAUUGGGCAAUCCGUAAGCUCUAUAAGCGCCUACUGCAGCUGGGUGCGAAUGAGAUUUAUCCUACGGGUGAAGCCGAUCAACAACAUCCAGAAGGACUGGAAGGGACUUUCCUUCCAUGGAUGAUGGAUUUUCGAAAGCAUUUGCUCGAUAGACAUCCACUUCCCGAUGGACAACAUCCAAUCCCAGAUGACGAACAGCUUCCUCCAAAGUGGAUUUUACAGUUAGGAGAGGAAAAAGAAGCUGUCUUGAAGCCUAAUCCUCCCCUUAAAACAGAUCCUGAAGCCCCAGCAGAUGAAUAUCCAGGAUUACAUCACCUCGAUCAUGACAGUCGUCCUAUUCCUCAUACUCUAUCUGCAACAUUGACCGGAAAUCGACGGGUGACUCCGCAGAAACACUGGCAAGAUGUGCGUCAUGUCACCUUGACGGUCCCAGACGCGGUAUCCUACGUCCCGGGAGAUAUGAUUGCCAUCACACCGAAGGGUUCCCCAGCCGAUGCACAAGUCUUGAUCGAUCUCAUGGGCUGGCAUGACCAGGCAGAUCAACCAAUUUGCCUUGUCCCAACUGGGGCCGCAGCAUCUCCACCUCCUAUUCCCAAUCUCGAAUCAUAUCCCAAUCUCACACUACGUGCGCUCCUCGUAGACUCCUUGGAUCUCAGAGGAAUACCACGCAGGUCUUUCUUUUCGACUAUUGCACACUACACAUCCGACGAAAUGCACAAAGAGCGUUUAUUAGAAUUCACAAAUCCCGAGUACCUGGACGAACUCUGGGACUAUACCACCCGGCCACGUCGCAGUAUAGUCGAGAUCCUGCAUGAGUUCGACACAGUCAAAAUCCCCUGGCAGCAUGCGAUAUCCGUCCUCCCCGUCAUGCGCGCUCGCCAGUUCAGCAUAGCAAGCGGUGGCCAGCGCAAGCAGACAGCCGACGGCAAAACACAAUUCGAACUACUGAUCGCCAUCGUUAAAUAUCAAACCGUGAUCAAAAGAAUCCGCGAGGGCGUUUGCACCAAAUAUCUCUCUGUGCUUCGACCAGGCAGCACACUGCAGGUCCAACUCCAGCCAGGCGGCCUCAACUCCUCUGUCCAGCAACUCACAGCAGCAACCGUGCUCAUCGGACCAGGCACCGGAAUUGCGCCUCUCCGAUCCAUGCUCUGGGAAAAAGCAGCGCUAGUCCAAGCCUACCGCGAGCAAAACCCGGGCGUCACUCCACCCGUUGGCCCAACAGUCCUCCUUUACGGUGGUCGUAAUCGUGAAUCUGAUUUCUUCUUCGAGGAAGAAUGGGCAGAGCUCAGUAAGCUUAUUCCACUGCAGGUUUUAACCGCAUUCUCGCGAGAUCAGCAACGCAAGGUCUACGUGCAAGACACCAUACGGGAAAACUUUGCUCUGUUCUUCCGCCUGCUACAUGAUAUGCAGGGCUCUGUUUAUAUCUGCGGAUCGUCAGGACGAAUGCCCCAGGCUGUCCGUGAAGCCCUUAUCGAGGCAUUCCAAAAUGGAGGGGCUCCCGUGCCCGGGCAGCCGUUCACUCGCACCCAGGCCGAGGAGUAUCUUAUUAAAUUAGAGAAGAUCGGUCGGUAUAAGCAAGAGACAUGGUGA